ACAGCUCCCAUCAUAAAACAUGCAGAACACCUUCAAGGGAAAAGCAUUUAUGGGCUUCUUUCACAGAAGACACUUUAGUAUUGUGAAUGCUGGCUCACUGUCAGUGCCUACUGGGACACUUGACGAGUUCACAGGCAUUGUUGGUUUUGAAAACAUCUGUGUUUCUGCUGCUGUGGCAAGUUGUCUGCUGUAAGAAAUGAGCCUAUGGAGACAUAGGAUCCCGGCAACAUAUAGAGACAAACCAGCCUGCCCAGUCUAACAAUUGCACUCAUCUGAUCACUCAGCUGCCUGCACACCUGCUAUCAACCACUCUCCUCUCACCUCAUUGUUUCAUUCAUUGUUUGCGAAAUUGCAAUACGUGUGUGUGUGUGUGUGUGUGCUUCUCUCGCUUGCUUGUAAACUGUAGAUUUUAAACCAAGACGGGGUUUCCCAUUACAGCUUUGUUUGUUGAGUUUUACCUCUGUGCGUCUCUUUGUCUGGGCCCAAACGCACAAAACUGCAUACCUAUUGUAGACUUUUGAGUUGAGUCAACUCUCCUUCAGCACAAGCUUCAUAGACACUGCAUCCGGGUAUUUUAGAAGACCAUGCAUGCGCCAAACUCCCCCCGCACUGUAGGCUUUUCAUGAUUUCAAUCGAGGUUUAUACUAGGCGUGAAAUAAAAUCACAAUAUAGUGUUUUUUGCUGUUGUACGCCAUUAUUGCACUGGUGUUCCGGUGUAUGUGCUUUUAUUGUGAAGGAGCGAACGGAAAGAGACGAAAAAGGUGUCGCGUAUGGAGGGAGAAUAAAGUUAGCGCAGAAACGGAGCACCGUGGUUAUUGAUUCAUUACUAACCCAAAGCAACCUGUGUUCAAUGAUUGAUCUCGGCAAAAAACGAAUGUUGUCUGAUUAAAGGCUCAAGAGGUCGGUUCUGCCCCUUCACGCUGGUGGCUCCUCGGCGAAGAAGACGGUCAUCAUUUUAAGUUCGGGGGCAAACAUCAAACAUCGCGUUCACAAUGUUGGGCACGUUCGUUGGGACUCUGGUUAAAAAGGCUCAGCCUCAGCUGCUGUCCGGUUUCAGAAACCCGCCGCUUCCGUGGAGACGCGUGACUCAGAUCCGCGCGUGUGCCGCGCUGUCGGCCACAUUUCAGUCCCUGGAAGACUGUCUCGUGCUCAACUACGGAGGGACGCCCAUGCGGUUUAACUACUUGUGGCUGCGGGACCACUGCCGCUCCCCCUCUUCAUACAAUUCCCAAACGAACCAGAGGAACCUGGACACCGGAAGCGUCGACCUCAACAUCCGUCCGGAAAAUGCAACCGUGCAAGAUGGCCAGCUCAUUCUUACGUGGCCUGGAGGUCACGUGUCAGAGUUCAGCUUGCGCUGGCUAGCUGAGAACAGCUAUGAAGCACAGAAGCAGAGCAUUGUCCAACCACGCACCCUUUGGAAUUCAGACAUCUAUAAAAACGCAAACAUACCGUCUUCCAAAUGGGACACGUUCAUAAGCAGUGAUGAUGAAGUGAAGAAGUUUCUUCAAAACUAUCUUCUUUAUGGGAUCGCUUUUGUAGAUGAUGUCCCUGCUACAGUAGAGGCCACAGAGACAGUGGCCCAGAGGGUCAGUCUUAUCAGGGAAACUACAUACGGAAGAAUGUGGUGUUUUACCUCAGAUUUUUCUAGAGGAGACACUGCGUACAGCCAGCUCGCCCUGGACCGUCACACUGACACCUCCUACUUUCAGGAACCAUGUGGAAUCCAGGUCUUCCACUGCCUGAAGCACGAGGGGACUGGGGGACGGACACUACUUGUAGACGGGUUCUACGUGGCUGAAAAAGUGCGAGAGCAGUCUCCUGAAAACUUUGAGCUGCUUUCACGUGUCCCGAUCAGGCACGAGUACAUUGAAACCUCCGACCACCAUCAAAACCACAUGACAGGCAUCGGGCCGGUGCUUAGUGUCUAUCCUUGGAACAAUGAAAUGUACCUCAUACGAUACAACAACUAUGACCGAUCGGUGAUAAAUACAAUACCUCAUGACCUGAUUCAGCGAUGGUACGUGGCACAUAGAGAGUUGACUACAGAACUGAGGCGGCCAGAGAAUGAGCUUUGGGUGAAACUGACUCCAGGAAAAGUGAUUUUCAUAGACAACUGGCGUGUGAUGCACGGCCGGGAGUCUUUCACUGGCCUCAGGCAGCUCUGUGGAUGCUAUUUGACCAGAGACGACGUCCUCAGCUCCGCACGCUGCUUCGGUCUGCUGGCCUGAUCCUGGACAUGGAGGUUCCUUUACCUCUGUGCCUAUUUAAUUCAUUAAUUAGAAUAUAGCUUCCGGCUUCAUAUAUUGUCUUUGUGCAA